UCUCUCUCUCUCAUAGACACACACAAGAAGAUGGAGAUUUUACAUUUCAGCCAUGACCAUCCACUGAAUUUCAAGGAUGUGCAAAAGAACGAAGGUACGGAUGUUUUGUGCUAUGGGUGUAAAAAACCAAUCUUAGACCAUGCGUAUUGUUGUAGAGAGUGUGAUUACUUCCUACAUAAGAGCUGUGCAGAACUUAACCGGGAGAUUAAAGAUCCCAUACACCCCGAACACCUUUUAACCCUUGAUGCAGGUUCAAGUUCAUACAUUUGUGAUGCAUGUAAACAAGGUUGGGAUCGGUUCAUUUACUGUUGUUACCAGUGUGACUUUGGCAUCUGCAUGCCGUGUUGGUUGGAGGAGCGCAUGAUUAAACUUGAAAUUCACCAACACCCAUUAUCCGUCCUACUUAGACCAUCCUUGUUCUUUUGUGAUAUUUGCAGCAUCGAAGAUAAAGGCACAUCUUAUGUAUGUCACAGCUGUCAAUUUUGGAUUCAUAAAAGUUGUGCCUCACUACCUAACACUAUCAAGAUUAAUGAUCACCAUCAUCCUCUCACCUUAACCAAGCAAUAUUUUGUCCAUGUAAAGUGCACAACAUCAAAGGCAAGGUCGUCGAGAGAUGCUGAAAUAAAUAGCAGUAAUAAAGAUGACGAACUUCUUGAGUCUAAUCUAGUAAGUUUACCGGUGAAUGAUGAAUUUGUAGAUUUGGUUAGACAUUUUGUUAAAGAUAUAAACGUUAACAAGUUUGAGAAAGAAACAAAGAUUAAUGAUUGGAGCCAUCAGCAUCCGUUACUUCUUUUCGAUGUGCAAAAUAUCAAUGAGGUGAAGGAUGAUAAAAUCUUAUGUAAUGCUUGUGUGCAACCUAUCUCCCUUCCAUUUUACGGCUGUCGUCAAUGCAAUUACUUUAUGCACUUAGGCUGUGCCCACUUACCAGAUGAGGUUCAACACCCAAGUCACCCUGAACACUUGCUUAAGCUUGGGAGAUUCACUAGCAUCUAUUCGCUCAUCACAUGUGACUGUUGCAACAUGAAUAGCAAUGGAUUAUUCUACUGGUGUAAAACUUGUAAAUUCUAUGUUGAUGUCAAAUGUGCUUUUCUACCUAGCACUAUCAAACAUGAAUCUCACAAGCACCCCCUAGUUCUAGGGGAAGGUUCACAUUCUGUUUGCAAGUCAUGUGGUUACAAGUCCUCAACGUUCAUAUUCAGAUGUGAUACUUGCAAUUUCAAUCUGGACUACAAUUGUGCUUUGUUAUCAAAAAAUGUCAAGCACCGGUGGGAUCAGCAUCCCUUUAUCCUGACCUAUCGUCCUCCUAAUGAUCAUCCCGACGAAUUUCAUUGUGAAUUUUGCGAGGAAGAAAUAAAUCCCCAGUAUUGGAUGUACUAUUGUCAUCAUUGCGACCAAUCUUUAUAUGCUAGAUGCAUUUAUGACAAUUGGUCAAAAACCAAGUUUGGGGGCACCGUACAAGUUGAUCAUCACUCACACCCUCUCACAUUUGUCCGAAAGAUGAAAGAGUUCGCGUGUUGCAGAUGUGGACCUAAUGCCCUAAUGGCCAUUGUUGCUGUGAAAAAGGCCAAGGCCAUUCGGAAGUCCAAUAAAAGAGAGCACAAAAGCAGUGCACCUGCAACAUGA